AUGAGCAAGACCAAUAGUGUUAGUUACGAGAGAGUAGAGCUGUUUGAAAAUCCGAAAGUCCCCGGCGAAGUGGAAGAUGAAAUACUAGAGAAGUUUGCGGAACGUAGCCUGGAUCAUGACAUGACAGUUAAUGAACUACCGACAUUUUUCCGGGAUUUACAACUAGAGCGCACGAUUUUCAAAAUGGUUAGGAAUGAAAACAUUGUUAUUGAGGGUACCAAGGUGGUAGAUUUCACGAAGUUGAUACGGUGUACAUGCCAAUUAUUAAUACUAAUGAAUAAUUUAACGGUGAUAGAUGAUCUGUGGUCGAUGCUCAUUAGAAGCUGCGGCAGAGAUGUGGACUUCCCACAAGUAGCGCUGAGAGAUCAUGUAUUAAGUGUGAAAGAUCUGCAAAAAAUUUGCAAUCUCAUCGGGGCUGACCAGAGCGCAGGGACCAUUGAAAUGAUUAGUUGUGCCACUGAUGGUAAGAGGCUUUUCAUGACAUAUUUGGACUUUGGGUGUGUAUUAGGAAAACUCGGAUAUUUGAAGAUGUAA